AAACUGGUCCCCUCCACUUCUACCCCCACUACCUCACCAGCUCCACUCCACUGUCUGCCAUCUCUCUCUCUCUCUCUGUUUGAUUUUCACCACUGCAUAAUCCGAAGCAGAAUUCGGGAUGUCGUCGAGCCAGAAGGUGAGGGCAUCGCACAUACUGAUAAAGCAUGAAGGAUCCCGGCGGAAGUCCUCCUGGAAGGACCCGGAGGGCCGCCGCAUCUCCUCCACCACAAGGGGCCAGGCCGUCGCCCAGCUCAAAACUAUCCGCGAUGACAUCCUUUCCGGAAAAUCAAGAUUUGAAGAUAUUGCGUCUCAGUUUUCCGACUGCAGCUCAGCCAAGCGCGGCGGCGAUCUUGGCCCUUUUGGCCGUGGUCAGAUGCAGAAACCAUUUGAAGAUGCCACAUACGGGUUGAAGGUUGGUGAAAUUAGUGAUAUUGUUGAUACAGAUAGCGGAGUUCACAUAAUCAUGAGAACAGGUUGAUCAGACCCGGUUACAGCAAGGAAGAAUAGUUCCUGCAUCAAACUACAACAUGCCAAAUAAAGACUCUACGCAUUUUUAUGCUCUUAACAUCACUCUCUCUCUUUCUUUCCCCACGAUACUCAAUAUUAUAACUAAUUUAUUUGGCAAGAUGUAUGACAUUUUCUCCGUGGACUAUAGUAAAUAAGUUCCCUUCUUCUUGAAGAGUGUACUGAACAACCAAAUUCCUAUACUUCACCCCAAGUUGGAUUAUCUAUUCUGGUAUCUUGAGAAAUUUUUGUUA